CUUCAACCCUCUCUUUUCCUUCAUGGCUUCUUUGCCCAGCAGCCCCUCUCGUUCCCCAGUUCACACUACUCAUCUCACCUGCAUAGCCGCCCGCUUCCUUCGCAUUGUCUUCGCUUUGACUCUGCUAGCUUCUGCUUUCCCCAUCAGUAUACCCCACCUGCGGGGCCGUAGUCCGUGACUAGAGAAGAUCAACCUGUACGAACAGCACCUGCGCCGUGUCCAUGCAG